AAAUGAGAAUCAUAAUUCAAACUCUAUUCCAUUCUCAUUCCAUUCCCACCUCUAUUUCCAUUCUAUUCCGAUCACCGCACCAAACUAGUCCUGAGAGGCACGAGCCAUGAAGCGCGUGGACGCAAAUCAAAAGACACUCCCACGAAAAAACAGGUGACCUUCAUGCACUGCCACUUCUGGCAGUUCGCCACCGCUUGCGCCACCAACGCGUGUUGAGCGAAAUGGCGGUAGUUGCAUUGCCUCGGAAUCGCAUCGCCACGUCACAUAACGCACCAGCGGACCGCCUAAUCCCUUCGUCGUCGUCAUCGUCAUCCCUAUCUCUUCCUCAAAUGCUAUCUCUACCUCCACUUUCAGGUUCACACACAACCCUUUUCUGCUACCGUAACUUCAAAUUCCACAGCAAUGGAAGAGGGUUUCUUGGAUUUGGUGAAAAAAUCAGCGAUCUUCGAGACAAUCGUCGACAUUUUGCUAUGUUCAGUGCCUUUAUGGCUCGCGGUGGUGAUCGGGCUGGUGAUUGGAUGGUCCUGGCGCUCUCGGUGGACCGGUCUGGUCUACCUCGGCGUCCGGUCCAAGCUCCGGUUCAUCUGGAAGGCCUCAAUGUGGUUUGGAGCUUGGCGGCUUUGGCUGGCCUUCACAGCGCUCUCCGCAUUCUCAGUCUGUCGGACUCUUUGGGCUGUAUUCAGUGGGAAGGGCCCAGGUUCGGCUGCUUCGGCUUCAACGGCGGAUGGACGUGGCAAUAACAUUGCGCCCAACAUUGGAAACUCGGAGACAGACCAACAUAUUGUCACAGAAAAUGAUCUAGAACACCUGUUACACUUUCUUGACAAGAAUGGGGAAAUGACAUGGAAAAGUAUUAUGGAACGCUCUACCUUUAACUUGACAUACCAAGCUUGGUGUCAUGAACCUGAGACUGGCCCCAUUGUGUAUCGUAGCAGAACUGUUUUUGAUGAUGCAUCUCCAGAGCUGGUUAGAGAUUUCUUCUGGGAUGAUGACUUUCGAUCUAAAUGGGAUCCUAUGCUUUCUUACUUUAAGAUAUUGGUGGAAUUCCCUCAAACAGGGACAAUGAUAGUCCACUGGAUAAAAAAGUUUCCUUUUUUCUGCAGUGCUCGAGAAUAUAUCAUUGGCCGAAGAAUAUGGGAAGCUGGACAAAUGUAUUAUUGUGUGACGAAGGGGGUGCCAUAUCCCGUUUUACAGAGAAGUGACAAGCUGAUGCGUGUAAAUCUUUAUUUUUCAAGCUGGGUUAUCAAGCCUGUGCAAACUCAUGAAGGACAGCCAUCCGCAUGCGAGGUGACUCUUGUACAUUAUGAAGACAUGGGGAUCGCGAAGGAUGUGGCGAAGUUGGGUGUCCGUCAUGGGAUGUGGGGAACUGUCAAGAAGUUACACUCCGGCUUCAGAGUGUAUCAGGACGCAAGGAUAUCUGAGGCUUCAUUGUCCAGAAGUUCACUAAUGGCAAGAAUCACCACAAGGAUCUCGUUAGAUGGAACAGGUGAAGAAGAAAGCGGACAGACGGAGGCUUUUCAGAGGAACAAAGAUCAUGCUGGCAUCGAUUUGAAGUGGAUGGUUAUAGGUGGGACUGUGGCUCUGCUCUUUGGACUCCAAACAGGAGUGAUCGCGAAAACCUUGUUCCUUGGUGUGGGACAAAGAGUUGCUCGCAGGUGAGACUCUUUUUGGUGAAGAGUCGUACGUUUUUCUUGUUUCAAAGGAUUGGCAAAGCCAUAAUAAUGAAAAACAGCUUCUAGUAAUGUCGAUCAUAUCUCUCUCGGUGUGUGUGUCACACACACACAGACCCCUCGAGCUUAA